AUGAAAUUAUCACUAACAUUAUUUACACUUCUAAUAUCUAUAUAUUGUGCUGUACAUAGAGAAUAUUAUGAUAUUCUUGGAGUAUCUCCUAAUGCUUCUGUUUAAGACAUAAAAAAGGCCUAUCGUAAAUUAUCAUAACAAUACCAUCCUGAUAGAAAUUAAGGUGAUCCAGAUGCAAAUGAAAAAUUCUCGAAAAUCAACGUGGGUUUAUGAAAUAAUUAAAUUUUAGCAUAUGAGGUACUCUCUGAUCCAGAAUAAAGAAAAAAAUAUGAUAAAGGUGGAGUUGAUGGUCUAAAUAGUUAAGGAAUGUAACAUCAUGAUCCAUUUGAUAUAUUUGGAUCAUUUUUUGGAAGAGAAUAAUAGGGAGAACGUAAAGGACCUGAAUUGAAAGUUAAAGUGAGAGUCACUUUAGAAGACAUUUAUAAUGGCAAAGAGAUACCUAUAUAUUUAACUAAAUAAAUAUUAUGUCCUCAUUGUAGAGGAUCUGGAGCUGAUGAUCCUGAUCUUGUAGAAACUUGUCCUACUUGUAAAGGUGUUGGAAGUGUUUAAAAAAGAUAAUAAGUUGGUUUUGGAUGUAUUGUUCUAUUUAUUGAUAAUUUAGUUUUUUAAACAUUUUAGGCCACGUGUGAAAGAUGCUUUGGUACAGGCAAGAUUAUUAAAAAGAAAUGUCAUCUUUGUAAAGGAGAUAGAGUAAUUUAAUAUUAUUCAUCCCUAGAUUAUUCCUGGAGCUGAUAAUAUUAGUUUAUAUAUAGAAAAGGGAAUUCAGGAUAAAUAAACUAUUGUAAUCAUUAAUUAAUAUUAUAGAAAUAUGAAAAUAUGGCUGAUGAACGUAAUGAUUCAGGUACUUCUGAUUUAGUAUUUUAAAUUGAAUAAAUCCCUCAUGCAUUCUUUUAAAGAUAGGGAAAUCAUUUAUAUUGCAAAGUCGAAAUCUCAUUAAAAGAAGCUCUUCUUGGGUUCAAAAAGAAAAUCAAACAUCUUGAUAAUCAUUUUGUGAAAAUUGACAAAGAGGGAAUUACAAAACCUGGAGAGGUAUAGAUUAUUAAAGGUGAAGGAAUGCCACAACAUGAGUUUUCAUCACAACAUGGAGAUUUAUAUGUAGAAUAUAAAGUUGUUAUUCCUAAUUUUAAUGGAGAAUAACUUAGAUGUAAAUAUAUUAUAUUAACUAAUAGAAUGGUAAUAAUUCUUUUCAUGA